GAUCGUUCAGUGUGUUGGUGAAGUUCAACUUACAAUGGCAGAAAAACCCUUGACAGACUGGGACAGUGGUCUCCUUGACUGCUUUGAGGAUACAAAUACUUGCUGCUAUGGAUUCUGGUGCUGCCCCUGUCUCGCCUGCACUGUUUCAGGAAGAUUUGGAGAGGACAACUGUCUCCCUUUAUGUGAUAUAAUCGGCCCUGGAGUAUUAGCAGCCUUUGGGAUACCUGUUUGUGUUCCUCCUGCAGUUUUGUCUUUAAGAGCUGCCAUGCGAAACAGAUAUGGCAUCAAGGGCUCUCUCUGUAAGGACAUUGCAAUUUCCUGUUGCUGCUGCACGUGCUCCUGGUGUCAGAUGCAUCGCGAGUUAAAGCAUCGCAAGAAAACUCCAACUGUUGUCAACAUACAGAAUAACACUGUUGUCAACAUGCAGCCUAUUCCAACUGUCCAGCCAGGAGUAAUGAUGAUGCCUGCACAACCAGUUGCAACUGGUUUCAUGACUCAACCAGAAGUGAUCAUUCACUAAAAGUGAAACUGAGAAAUCUGAUGUUACUCAGGGUAUGUACUUGUAAAAGCAGAGAAUGUAAUCAUUUAGUAUGCUAAAUCCUUACUAUUGACUUCCUACUUAUCAAGAAAUGAUGGAAAUGAUAAU